AUGUCCGAAGAUUCAAAUAAGGACAAGCAGCAAGUAGAAGAAUUAACCAGUGAUGAUUGCUCUUCGGAUGAGGAUCUCUUCGACCCAAGUUUAGCAGAAGAACUUGAACAGUGUGCAUUUUUUACAGAUUCAUUUUAUGAUCACAUUUUGCCACGGACCACGCAGAUUUUAUUGGAGUACGAUUCUGGAAGAUGGGUGCCACGGCUUCGCGAACCUCGAGAUUUAUAUGGGCUGUCAUCUGCAGGACACCUGCACCUAGUACGCUGGCCCCAUCAGUAUGAAGUUGUCAGACAGAAGAUAGAACAUAUUGACUGGAUUCCCUCUGAACCAGAGCCAUUAUAUAUCCCAACAGGUCUGGAAACUGAGCCACUCUGCCCAGAUCCUGGAGAGGGUGCUGUUGUAUAUCUAGCAGAUGAAGCUAACAAGGAUUCCAGCUUUAUGUAUUCUCGAAUAGGGGGGAGCUUUCCUUCCAAGCAGGUGCUCCCUCAAUCAUGGGAAGACUGGGACAAUACUUUAAUUUUUGAAGCACGAUUUGAAAGUGGGAAUCUGCAAAAGGUGGUCAAAAUUAGUGAUUUUGAGUAUCAGCUGACCUUACGCACUGACCUCUAUACGAAUAAGCACACUCAGUGGUACUACUUCCAGGUUACCAACACACAAGCAGGAAUGCCCUAUCGUUUCACCAUUGUCAACUUCACCAAACCGACAAGUUUGUACAAUCGUGGCAUGCGCCCACUGCUGUAUUCAGAGGCAGAAGCAAAGAUCCACAAAGUGGGGUGGCAAAGGACAGGAGAUGCAAUCAAGUAUUACAAAAAUAAUCUCAGUCAGGAUGGCCGCCAGUAUUUUUCUCUCACGUGGACAUUCCAGUUCCCUCAUGAUCGAGAUACCUGCUACUUUGCCCAUUGCUAUCCUUAUACUUACAGCAACCUGCAAGACUACCUGUCAACUAUUGCCAGAGACCCAAAGAGGUCCAAGUUCUGCAAGAUCCGCAUCUUGUGCCAGUCCCUAGCAAGAAAUAUAGUCUAUGUUUUAACCAUCACCAACCCUCUGCAAGAUUUCAAGGAAGAAAAACGCAAAGCUGCAGUGAUUUUGACUGCGAGGGUGCACCCAGGUGAAACAAACAGCUCCUGGAUGAUGAAAGGAUUUCUGGAUUAUAUUCUGGGGGAUUCAAACAAUGCCCAGUUGCUCCGGAACACCUUUGUUUUCAAGGUGGUGCCCAUGUUAAAUCCUGAUGGUGUCAUUGUUGGCAAUUACCGCUGCUCUUUAGCUGGUAGGGAUUUGAAUCGCAACUACAGAUCUGAUCUCAAGGAAUCUUUCCCUUCUGUUUGGUACACCCGGACCAUGAUCAAAAGAAUAAUGGAAGAGCGCAAUGUUCUCCUGUAUUGUGACCUUCAUGGUCAUAGCAGGAAAGAGAAUGUCUUCAUGUAUGGCUGUGAAAAAAGGGAGCAGCAAGAAGAAGGGGCAAGCUUACACCACCGCAUUUUUCCUUUCAUUAUGAGCAAAAAUUGUCCAGAUAAAUUUUCAUUCCCAGAUUGCAGUUUCAAGAUACAGAAAGGGAAAGAAGGAACAGGUCGAGUAGUGAUGUGGAAGUUGGGCAUCAGCAAUAGCUAUACCUUGGAAGUUACCUUCUGUGGUUCUAAACUGGGCAACAGUUAUACCCACUUUAAUACAAAGGAUUUGGAAUCCAUAGGAUAUCGUUUCUGUGAAUCGCUGUUAGAGUUCUGUGAUGAAAACAAGAAUAAGUAUGAUGAAUGUCUGAAAGAACUGGAGGAAAUGGUGAAACAAGAGAAUUCAGCUGACCCUGUGAAUGACACAUUAGACAAAGACUCCAGUUCUGACACUUCAGACUCCAAUGAGUCUCCAGUUAAAUUAGAAAGCCAGAAUGAAGCCAAAAAACCUGAGGACUCUUCUCAAAGAAUGUCUAAGAACCAAGAACAGCUAAUUAAAAAUGCUCAGGUUUUUCAGAAAUUAAAACUGAUCGAGCUGCAAAAAAUACAAAAAACAAAGUAUGAAAUUUCCAAGUCAAGUAUAGAGCCUUUCCCCAGAACCCCCAGUGCUAAUAAGGUUUGGUGGUCUCCUUGA